CGCCAGGGAGAUGCGCCGCGUCUCCAUCAUCUGGUGUUGCGGCAUGGCAUCCUGCCUCUUUGACCUGCUCAGCGAAGGCAUUUCAGACUGGGAACUGCCCGCCCUGGCGUUCCUGGUGGAGGUCCUGGACUGCCUGGACUUGAGCGAAUGUGGCGAAAAAGUCCUGGAGAUCUUCACAAGUCAGCUGCAGAGCGAGUCCACGGAGAUGCGUCGCGUGGUGCUCCGCGGCCUCGUGGUGCUCACCUCGAUGGAUCCAAGCAUGUUCAACCUCACUGAAAGCCUUGGGAAACUACUGUGGGAUGCGGAUGAAGACAUCGUGGAGAUGACCCUCAUUGUGCUCAGCUUACUGCUGCUGCACAAAGACCUCACAAUAGCCAGCCCCAUCGCCCUGCAGCUGGCUGAGGCGCUCUGGCACCUCUUUGACAAUGAAAACAGCCAUGUGCAGCUGCUCUCCAUUCGCCUCUUCCAAGACGUGAUCACGCUGGUAGUGGCAAAGGACAAAAAGGCCCUGAAGAAGCAUGUGAGCGAGAGCCUGCUCCCGCUCUUCUUCCACUGCCACGAUGAGAACGGGCGUGUGGCACAGGCCUCUCGGGAAACGCUGCUUUCUGCAGUAAGGUUCCUGAAGAGGAAGGAUCUCAAGCAGCUGCUGAAGACGGAUCAGAUGUGGAGGUUGGCCGAGUGCUUGCUGGGAGAGGAUAGGAGCCGUGCGGCCGAGCGCCUGCGCCAGGCCCUGCCAUACCUGCGGAGCCCACAGGAGCCCCUGCGAGAGGCGGCCGUCAGGUUCAUUGGAGCCUGGGCGCAGGCAUCUGCAGCCCUGGCUGGCCUCGGCACCGCUGCCACCCUCUGGCAGCCAUGA